AUGGGAAAGUGGAGUACCGUGCUUGUGUUGCUUGUGCUAGUUGUUAUAGUGCAUGCAAGUGCACGUAAGGUGCCAACGGAUGGUGGUGGCCAUGAUGAACAAACACUGGGUGUGCAUACAAGUGCACCACAUGCAGAGUCUCCACGUAAAAAUGGUGUUGAUGACAAAAAACAUUUUGUAUUUGGUGGAUUUGCUGGGAUGGGUGGCUUUGCUGGCGUUGGUGGAAUCGGUGGAGGGAUUGGCAAAUUUGGUGGAAUCGGUGGAGGAAUUGGCAAAUUUGGUGGGAUCCAUGGAGGGAUUGGCAAGUUUGGUGGAAUCGGUGGUGCUGCAGGAAUUGGUGGCUUCCAUGGCAUUGGUGGUAGAGCUGGUGGUCUAGGUGGUGGUGUAGGAGGUCUAGGUGGUGUUGGAGGUUUGGGUGGUGCCGGUGGCGGCGUAGGAGGUUUGGGUGGUGCCAGCGGUGGUGUAGGAGGCUUGGGUGGUGCUGGAGGCUUGGGUGGUGUCGGUGGCGGCGUAGGAGGCUUGGGGGGUGCGGGUGGUGUGGGAGGCUUAGGUGGUGGUGUAGGCUUGGGUGGUGGUGGUGGAGUGGGUGGUUUGGGUUGUGGUGGUGGUGUCUUUCACCAUUGUCAUGAUCCUUAA